CCUCAUUUGCAACCCAAAGAUUGGGAGCAAAGAGGUACUUCUUAAGAGGAAUGGACACUUCACCUUGAGACAGAAUGAGGGGGUGAGAUUGGAAAAAUGGGGUCAGCACCAGAGCAGAGAAGUGCUCCUACCUGUUCUGAUUGCAGCCUCCACACCUAUGACCAAAUCUCCUCAUCCUCCAGGUCAAAGGACAACAUGGUGGGAGAAAUGUGGAUGAUGUCCCUGGAUGAAGUCUCAGCCACCAACAAAGCUCUCUGCCUGCAGAUGGAGGAACUGCGAGAGACCUUAGCCAGGUCUGAAUCUCAGAACCAGGAAUUGCUCAAAGCGAAACAACUCAUGAAAGAGCAGCAGAAAGUUCUUCAAGAGAGAGCGGAUCACUACAAGAACACCAUGCACAGAUCUCUGGAGGACAUCACCAGAAGGUUGGACCACACCAACACGGAGAUCCAUCAGUCAGAACUGCAGAAGAGGUAUCUGAUGAAGCACAAUGAAGAACUCGAUGAGGAAAUGCACGAGGUCACCAGCCAAGUAGCCUCCUUCAAGGAUGGCGAGGCUGCUUCUGAGAAGGACCUUGAAGAGAUGCACGGCCUGGUAUCAGAAGCUGAAAAGGUCAUCCGGAGUAUGGAGGAUGACCUGGCUGAGACAGAGCACAACUUCCUCCUGGAGAAAAGCCACUCCAGCCAACUGAAGGAAAAAGUCAUCGCUCUUCAGAGGCUCAGAGAAACCAGGAGGAACCGGGUCAAAGAUCUGCAGGAGGAUCAAGAGCUCUGUCUGCAGCAGGCCAUAUUCUUGAAGAUGGCCCAGGAAGACCAGAUGCCGAAGGGCUGGCUGCUCCCGGAAAUAGCGGAGGCCAAGCUGAGGGAGGUGGCCGGAAGCAGCUCAAAGACCAGGAAGAUUCUGGACUGGUGGUGGGUGGCAGCCAAAAUCCUCUUCAUGCUGCUCUUUGGUUGCUUUCUCUUCCUUGGACUGGUUUUGGCCUACACCCGUUUCUGCAAUCCAUACUUCAUUGCCGAAAUGCUCCUGGUAGUCCUUAGCCACCAGCACCUAGAAGAACUCACCUGCACUUUAUCCCCGUAUCUGGACUUCAGAAGUGAUGGCCUCCUACCCUUUUGAGAAACAAAAUUCAUCCCUCUCUUCCUUUGACCAGCU